GAGAGCACCUGGACAGAAGCAUCCUGCUGUACAUUUAACUGCUUCAUAUGAUCCGACCUUAUACUUGUCAUUUUUAUUGAACGGCACAAGUUGGAAAGAAAACAUUUAACUGAUGAUGUUUUUUGUGUCACAAACUAAUAAAAUGAAAUAAAAGAUGUAAAUAAGCAAACAGAGAAAGGAAAAGUCCCGUUAAAGGUGAAUUAAAAAUUUAGUAUUUAGGACUUUUGCGGUUUUUACGCACAUGCCAGAAGCUGGUGAAGUGACUUUUGUUACCCUCCGCUCCGCCGCUCCGCUCUGGCUGCGCGCCGUUUUCGGGGCUCCUUAUAAAUAAAAUCCACCGUCCCCGGUUCCUCUUCCUUAUUGGUCAGGUGGAGCCGUUACCUCACUCCGGGGCCGGUGACGCAGCGUCUUCACGUAUCCUUCAUGUGCGUCUCUUCUUGCUUCUUGCUGAGAGUCUUGCAGUCGGACGGACCGGCGGCGGAGCGGAGAGUGGCGGCGGACCUGGAGCGCUCGAUACUAAACACUUCCCAUCCCGGGAGGAGAGCGGCGCACACGAGCAGCGGCUCUCUCUCUGCUUCCCGGAGUCUCUCAUCUCGACGAGCUGCUCUCUCCCUCCCGCACACACACUCACGCAAGCGCGCACGCACGCCCUGCAUACGUCUCCACUUUGCCGUAGUAAAUUACGGCAUUGAUCUGAACGGCGGCGGCGGAUCUGUCUCCUGUGUUCGUCUUUUCUUCGACGGAGCGACUUGGAGAAACGCUCGGCGGAGAAGUAACGGUUUGAUCUGCCAGAGUCUGCGAGGACCCCUGGUCAUGCCUGUUUAGCUGCCCUGCGUGAUGCCUGAUCAUGACAGUACCACCCUCCUAACCAGACAGACCAAGCGCCGGCGUGUUGACAUCGGGGUGAAGAGGACGGUGGGUAGCGCCAUAUUCAGCCGCGCCAGGGAGACCCUGCUCGACAGAAUGAACCAAUCGCACGGCCCCGACCAGGAUGGAGACUGCUCAUUGGUCAGUCACAGCCACGGAGGCGCCAACGGCGACGGAGAGAAGUCCAACGUUCUGAGGAAGUUGCUCAAGAGGGCCAAUUCAUACGAAGACGCCAUAAUUCCUUUCCCCGGUGCCACAAUCAUCUCUCAGCUGUUAAAAAACAACAUGAAGAACGGAGGCAGCGACUCAGGCUUCCAGGGCAGUGGAGCUCUGUCCAGCGGCGGUUCUGAGAUCCAGGCCGAGGACGCCUGCAGUAACUCGUCCCGGGACCGAGACAGCCCCUCCGACUGCCUCUCUCCUGGACCUCCUCUGGCUCCUCCGCCUUCGUCCUCCUCCUUCGGGAGGCCGCCGCCUCCUUCCAGCCACAACGCCCCCUCCCAGCCCCUCUCCCUGUCCUCCUUUGACCUGGACCGGCUGUCGGACGAACACCUUCGGGCCAAGCGGGCCCGAGUGGAGAACAUCAUCCGAGGCAUGAGUCACUCUCCGCUGGUCCGACCCAACGCCGGCGACCACGGCCAGGAGGGGAAUCGCGACAAUGAGAACAGCAGCAACAGCAGCAACGACCACAGAGGAGACGGCAACAAUGUCGGCAGCCACAGCCGGAGCGAUUGUCCGUCCUCCCUGCUGAGCUCUCCGGGUUCGCGGGGCGGCGUGGUCGGUGUUGGAGAGGUUUACCGGGAGAAUAAGAGGAAGCAGCGGCUGCCUCAGCAGCAGCACAGCUUCACCCAGCUGGUGUGUUCGAGGCAGGAACAGAGACAGGAAGAGAGACGGCAGCUCAAACUCCAGCUGGAAGACAUGCAGAAACAGCUGCGGCAGCUUCAGGAGAAGUUCUACCAGAUCUACGACUCAGAGACGGAGGAGGAGGAGGAGAACGGAGAGAAUGGGGAGGCCGACCGAGGAGGUGAAAGAGAGGAGGAUGGAAACCUGUCAGAGGACAGCAUCCGGUCCGACGGUCUGGAGGAGAGACACCGAGACCGAGGCCGUCACGACGAGCUCUCGGAGCUGGACCCGGGUCUGUUCCUGGACCGGGCCAGAGCCCUGCUCCGAGAACAGGCCCUGAUAGACGGAGAGAUGGAGGAGGAUGUGGACAGGGAGGAGGAGGACAGGAAUGGAGAGAGGGCGAUGAAGAGGAGAGCAGCCGGAGGAGGAAGGCAGCUAGCAGAGACUCUGAAGCAGGAGCUGAACUGUGCCGUAUCUCAGGUGGUCGAUACCGUCGUCAAGGGCUUCUCUUCGCCCAAACAGGCUGUCAGCCUCCAUCAUGGCUGCCACAGCAGCACGCCGGCCGCUCCAUCCUCCUCCUCCAACUCCUCUUCCUCCUGCCCUCCACCCUUCGGCCCUCUGCCCUCUCUAACCCCAGACUCUCGCUUCGGUGGGCCCUUGGGCCUCAGCCUGAAUGGCGACGGCAGUCCGACCCCAAACUACCACUCCUCCGCCCAGAGGCUGCACUGCUUCGGGGAUGUGAUCGUCCCGAGUCCUCUGGACUCCUUCGGGGGUUUGAGCGGCAGACUGAGUGGUGUGCCGACUCCCAACGACCAGACGGAGGCGCUGCCACUGGUGGUGCGUAAGAGCGGUGGAGGAGGUGGAGGAGAAAACCCCAACCCCUCUCUUCCUCCUCCUCCUCCUCCUCACCAUCCUUCCCUCCACCCCUCCCCCCUCACGGCCUCCCUCGGGUUCAGUCCUCCAUCCUUUCGCCACCCAUUCCCCAUUCCCCUCAUGGGUUACCCCUUCCAGAGCCCCCUGGGGUCCCACGGGGGCGGAGCAGGCUACCCUCCAGGGCCCAAAGACCACCAUCGGUCCUCCCCCGACUCCAUGGACAUAACCCGGGAAACUGUGAGCCUCAGAACCAAGAUGGCCUCCUUAGGGGGUGGCCAUCUUGGUCACCAUCACCACAGGCAGACUUCUCCAAGCCAACAUGGUCCAGAGGGUCUGUCGCUGUCGCUCAUCAAGUCUGAGUGUGGAGACCUGCAGGACAUGGCCGACAUCUCGCCGUACUCAGGCAGCACCAUCCAGGAAGGUUUGUCUCCAAACCACCUGAAGAAAGCCAAGCUGAUGUUCUUCUACACUCGCUAUCCUUCCUCCAACAUGCUCAAGAUGUACUUCUCUGACGUCAAGUUCAAUCGCUGCAUCACCUCCCAGCUGAUCAAGUGGUUCAGCAACUUCAGGGAGUUCUACUACAUCCAGAUGGAGAAGUUCGCUCGGCAGGCCAUCAACGAGGGCGUCACGGCCUCCGAGGAGCUGACGGUGGGAAGAGACGCCGAGCUGUUCAGGGCGCUCAACAUGCACUACAACAAGGCCAACGACUUCGAGGUUCCCGACCGUUUUCUGGAGGUGGCUCAGGUGACUCUUCGUGAGUUCUUCAACGCCAUCGUGGCCGGAAAGGACGCUGACCCGUCCUGGAAGAAGGCCAUCUACAAGGUGAUCUGCAAACUGGACAGCGAGGUUCCUGAGGUCUUCAAAUCUCCCAACUGUCUACAAGAACUGCUCCAUGACUGACUAGGGCGGAGGAGGAAACCAGGCAAGCAGAACCAACCUCUGAGGACCGUGAGAAGACUGUAGGAAAAGGCUCCAGAGGGGCAGCUAGACUAGAUUUAAUGCGUUUGAAGGUGUUCAGAACGUGGUGCAGAGUCUUGCAGUGGUUCUACCAGGAGGCUGCUGAGAGGUUUGUUGACGGUUGUUUAAAGACAAAACUGCCCUCAGACGUUUUAGAAAGAAAAGAUAUUCCUCAGAGGGCUCCGAUGAUGCUCUAAUCAACUAAUUAUGUUGGGACUUUUAGAAAUUAAAAGCAAAACAGUGAGAAAUUGAACCUUCUUGCACUUACAGAAAAGCUCCUCCUUUCUUCUCUUCCUCCUCCACCUUUUUCAAACUUCCUCUUCAUCCUUCUCCAGAGGAACAAAGGAGGAAGACCACAGACGAAUCUUCAACUGGAGGUCGGGAGCGAACUAAAAAUAAAGAAGAUAAUAUAUAAAAA